UGCAUCAUGUCAGAAUCAGAAGUUAUUGAGCCAACUGACCAAGAAGUAAAGUUAGAACAUAACCCAAGAAAACGAGUCCGACAUCGUAAGAAGCAGCUUUAUGAGAAUAUUCUGAAGCAAAUGGAGUUCUAUUUUAGCGACGCGAACCUCACUAAAGACAGGUUUCUUGGGGACUUAGUAAAGACGAACCCACAAGUGCCUCUCGAAGUGUUUUUAAAAUUCAAUAAGAUUCGGUCUUUGACGCAGGAUAUUACUGAUAUUGCGAAGGCCAUGAAGAAUUCCACGUUAUUAGAGCUCUCUGAAGACAGAUUGAAGGUGCAGAGAAAAACACCACUUCUACCAUAUGAUGCAGAUCAAAGGACUAUUUAUGUAGAGUCCAUACCAGUGACUGCCAGCAGGGAGUGGUUGCAAAGAGUAUUCUCAGACUAUGGCACUGUGGCUUAUAUAUCAUUGCCAAAGUUCAAAGACACACAUAAGAUUAAAGGCUUUGGAUUCAUAGAGUUUGUAAGACCUGAAGAUGCUCAAAAAUGUUUAAACACAUUCACCAAGAUGGGUUGCAAACUUCCCACCUAUAUGCCUCCUGAACAACUAUCUUCCAUCAAGACGUUCUCUGCUGAGGAACAUGGCGACGACGCUCAUGAUAAAGAAGAGAAAGAAGAAGAACCACCUAAAAAGAAAAAGAAAAAAGAGAAGAAGUUGAAGAAUUUGGAAUUGAAGUUAGAAAUUGAGUCUGAUGGAGAAAAACGGGCUGACACACCAACAACUCCAACACCUACAGAAGAAAACAAAACUAUUACAACUCCUGCAGAGGAAACGAAGACCCCAGAUGUGGAGUCAAAAGGUGAAUUGACUAGUCAUGAUGAAGGGAAGCAUGACCCUUCCGCGCCUAGAAAGAAAAAGAUUAGAAAACGAACAGCAAAAGAAAGAAGCAAGGCUAAAAACAAUCUAGGCCCAAAUGAAGCCCCUAAGGCAGCACUAUGGGGCCUCCAAGUAUUAUCCAAAGCCGAGUGGAAGUCCUUAAGAAAUAAAUAUUUGAAUUUGCAAAGAAAAUAUAUGAAAGAACUAAAAUCAAAUUUGCAGAACAAGAGACAUCCCUAUUUGGGUAUUCCUGCACCAGCUGAGCCUUCUGUUGAUGCAGUGUCAGCCAUCCCACAAAACGCCCCGGGUGCUAAAAACCCGCCGCCAUUAGAACGAAUACCGGGUGUUUUUGUAAAAGAAGUGCUGCCAGAACCUUGCCUUGACAUCAGGCUUACUAAGAGAACUAUUCGUAGCAACGUGCACGCUCUUCACGUGGAUGUGAAAGAAGGUCAAUUGGAGGUCAUAAUUCGAUUCGAUUCAACCAAAGCUGCUAGUGAGUACUGCGCAAACGCAACUAACCACGCGCACGUGCUUACGGGCUCUGAAGAAGACGAGCAGUGGUCGCGUGCAGAGGCAGCGCGAGGCUCGCGCCGUACCCGCGGCAGGCUACGGCUGCUCGCACGGCACGACGCGCAGUGUGCCGCCGCCGCACACGCGCCCGCCUCGCCGCAGCCAACGCACACGCAUAUACGCUUCGACGACGAGUAAACCUCGAGCAGAUGGCCGCCUUUUUCUCUGUCUGCGAUAGGCUUACUCCCACCCUCCACUCUAUAAGACAUAGAAGCGAUAAUACUGUAUCAAAUACUUCGAUCCGAAAGAUGAACUAGCCUCGAAACUUCCAAUCUGUCCUGAAUUGGUCUCAGUUGAGACCUGAAAAUAAAACCAUUGUCUAUGUUCUUGUUUUUUAGUGUUAUAUAAUACAAAGAUUAAAUACUGUUUUAAGACUGGAUUUUUGUAAUAAUAAGCUUGUAGUUUUAUAGAAAGUUAAAAAACUAAAUUAAAUAAUAGUAAA